GCUCCCCAGGGGGGCUGGUGCUCUUGGGAUACAGGGAGGCUACGGAGCCAAGCCCGCCAAAACCGGAGGAGCUGGGGGUGGUCGUUAUCCAGGGGGGGCUCAGCAGCUUGGAGGAGGGGGAUACAGAGGCCCAGGAGGGGCCGGGGGUAGGGGAGGAUAUGGUAACGGAGGCCAGGGAGGCUAUGGUGCUGGUCUGGGAGCAGGAAAUGGCCAAGGAAUGGGGGUGGGAGCCGGACUGGGCUCACAGGGUGGGAAACCACGUGGAGGUGGAGGAUACGGUGGUAAUGGCUAUGGCACACAGCCAGGUUACGGGGCUGGAACUGGAGCCAGAGGCUAUCCACGACCGGGUGCUGGAGCUGGGUAUCCCAAUGGACAGGGAUCUAAGGGACCAAAACCGGGAUAUGGUGCAGGAGCUGGAAUUCCCAGUGAUCAGGGUGCUAAACCCAAUGGAUAUGGCCCAGGAGUUGGAGUACCCAACGGUGGUAAAAGAAAUGGAUAUGGUGCAGGAGCAGGAGGUCCCAAUGGUCAGGGUGCUAAACCCAAUGGAUAUGGCCCAGGAGCUGGAGCACCUAACGGGGCUAAAAGCAAUGGAUAUGGUCCAGGAGCUGGAGUUCCCAGUGAUCAGGGAGCCAAAGGAAAUGGAUAUGGUCCAGGAGCUGAAGUUCCCAAUGGUGGGGCUAAAAGCAAUGGAUAUGGUCCAGGAGUGGGAGAGCCCAAUGGACAGGGUGCUAAAGRAACCAAAACUGGCUACGGUGCUGGAGCAGGCAGCUAUCCUGGGGCAGGAAACAACGGCUAUGGAGCAGGCGAACGUCAGGACCCCACCCGCAGAGUGUGGAGCAGACAACCAGUGCGCCAAUGCCUUCUGCGAGUGGUGA